CUAGUCGAUGAUUGUAUUUACUUUAUGAUUAUAACGAUUUAAAAUUUUGAAUUCUAUACAUACGUACACCUUAUCGCAAGUAUUCGACAUUAAUUACGUCAAAUGUAAAAAAGAAUCUUUAAGAGUGCGAUAUCCUGUUACUUCAGAAAGAACAAGAGAUCUGUAAGAGAAAGACAAAAAGGAAAGGUUCCUGAUAUUUCAUUUAUUAUAUAGUCUUAGUGACCGCGUGUUCUCUCGUUUAAUAUAUUAUCAUAUUUUGUUGAUUCGUAACAGUCAACAUGCAAAAAGGUAUAACAGAAUUACAUUUGGAGAUAUGUCAACACGUUAACAGUACCUUGUCAGAAGAAGAUAUUUUAACAGCUGUAAAUGCAGAACUUUCAACAUGGGAGGAGAUUUAUCUUGACACUAUUAUAUAUGGUAAAGAUUGUACAAAUCUUUUAUUAAAGGAACAUGUUGAAUCUAUGGUAUGCUCAGAUUAUAGUAACCCAAAGAGAGAGAAGAUUUAUAUUCAAGAGGUUGUUUUUAAGUUUUAUGUCUAUAGUCUAACACAAGAAAUGGCUGCAACAGAAACAUUGCAGAACGAUUCUGAGGAAUUUUCAGUUGCAUCUCAUUGGGUAUUGCCUUCGCAAGAAUUUCAUCACAUAUGGCAAAACUUGUUUUAUGAUAAUGACAUAAAGAAUGAUUUAUUGCAUUACGUGGAGACAACAAUGUUAUUUUCUGAUCGUGGGGUUAAUACUAAUAUUAUAAGUUGGAAUAAAGUGGUAUUGCUGCACGGUCCUCCAGGUACAGGAAAAACCAGCUUGUGCAAAGCUUUGGCUCAAAAAGCUGUCAUUCGUAUGAAAGGUCACUUUACUCAUGGAGAAUUCAUUGAGAUUAAUAGUCAUAGUCUAUUUUCUAAGUGGUUUUCCGAGAGUGGAAAACUUGUUAUGAAAUUGUUCGAGGAAAUAAAAAAUCUUGUCCAAGAUGAGAAAGCAUUGAUAUGCAUUCUGAUUGAUGAAGUAGAAUCGUUAGCGCAUGCACGUAAAGCGUGCAGCAAUGGUACCGAGCCGUCUGACUCUAUACGUGUUGUAAAUGCUCUACUUACGCAAUUAGAUCAGAUCAAGCGACACCGAAAUGUUUUGAUUUUAACGACAAGCAAUAUGACGGAAGCCAUAGAUUUAGCAUUCAUCGAUCGGGCGGACAUAAAACAAUAUCUCGGAUUCCCUUCUGAAGUAGCUAUUUAUCAAAUUUACCGUUCAUGUCUACGGGAAUUAAUGAGGACUGGUGUCUUGAAUCACAAGGAAGUAUGUGACGUAUCCGAGUUAAAAAUGCUUGGAUAUGAAGAAACUUCAAACACCAAGAACAGUUUGAAACUGCUGGAAAUUUGCCGUGCGAGCGUAGGUCUAACCGGUCGUGCCUUAAGAAAAAUGCCAUUUCUAGCACAUGCUCUUUACUUAACUGGAGACUCGAUUUCGCUAUCUCAGUUUCUGAGAGCAAUGCAAUUAGCAGUUGAGAAACAAAAGAAAGAAGGUUUGCAAUGAUAAUAAAUGGAGAUAAUGAGAAAUAUUGUUUCUUUCUGUUUAUUAUUAAUAAGACGAUUGUUGUAAAUUAUUUACGUGUAUCAAACGAUAGUACUUGUGAAAUAUGCUUAUUAACUAAUUGAGUCAUUCAUCUUGAACAAUAAGUCGUAUGAAUAUAAUUCAAUAUAAAUUUUCUUACACGUUUAAAAGCUGCAAUCGAAAAAAUUUGGGUAAAAUUGAUUUUUAGCAAAUAUUCUCAAAAUCAUGAGAUAUAUAACAAUUUGUUACUUUUAUUUGAUGUUUAUUAUAAUUUUGCGUAUACAAACUUAAUUUUAGAAAAAUCCGAAUACGCAAUUAUAACGAGUAUUAAGUAUCAUAAAACUCUUUUGUCUAAAAAGUAAUAGAAUUUCAUAAAUCUCAUGGUUUUGAAGAUAGUUCCACGAAAUUUUUUCUUUUUAUCUCUUAAAAUCUUAAAUUCUCUUAUUGCUAUCUCUUAUUUCUAAUUAUUUUACAAUAUAUACAAAACCCGUUUAAUUUGGUAGAGACAUUUUCUCAUCUUUUCUUGCAUCAGUAUUGUUUAUUUUAAUUUUAUACCGCUGAUAAACGUUAAUAAAGAUAUCGGUAGCUAAUAUAUCAAGAUAUAUCCUGCUUUUAUUCUAAUUUAUAAUAUGUAUAUCGUAAUUGUAGAAAACAUCUUUGCUGGACGUCAGCGAGAUGAACUGAUUUUGCUCCAUCUUUUUUACAAAUAACGGAACGUGAUUGUUUCCAAAGGAGGAUAUAAAAAAAGUUCGAUUUUUGGCUUCCUGUGAAACCUUAGUGAACUACAAAAAAUUGUUGUUUUGGACCACAUGAAAUAAUGAAAAAUUUUAUAUCUCAGAAAUACCGGGAAAGUAGAUUUUUUGAUGUCAUAUCAUGUUCCCUUUUGUAAGUCGAAUUUUCAUAUACCAUGCUAGAACUUAUCAUGAAUCGGAUGUAUUACAAAAGUUUCUUAUGAUAAUAACUUAAAGAUUGCCAAUGCAAAACAAUUGAAUGUUUAAUAUUGUACUAAUAUUGUUUACAUAUUGUAAAAAAAAGAAAUUCUACUUUCCUUACAUUUCUGGAAUAUAAAACUGUUUUCACUAUUUCAUGUGAAUCCCAAACAACAACUUUUUGUAGUUUACUAAGGUUCCGAAGGGCCAAAAAUAACUAAUGAGCCAAAAGUCGGACUUUUUUAACAUUCUCCUUUAAAAUUACUCCUUAUCUACAUGUUGUAGUUUAGUCCUAGAAACAAAAUAUCAAACUAUAUGACUGUACCCGUUUCUCUGUGAAGUCCACCUAUUUUUACAUUCCCGUCGGCUCCUGUUGGCGCGCAAUCGCCAUUAAAGUCACUGAGAUGCAACCGCUAUGAAAGUCACGCUUCGUUCCGCACCGACGAUGCGGACUAUACCCCACGUCGUUGUAGAGGAAUACAGAAGGCUUUCUAUAUAACAUUUAUCGCGACGUGCUUCUCUAUCUGUUAUACUUAAAUCACUAUUGUAGCCUCAUCACGAUAAAGUAUAUAACAAGUAACACAGUAAUAAAUAACUUACAAAUCCGAGAGAAAAAAAUAAUUAUUCAACUAUGUACUACAAAAAUAUAAAAACAAUCGACAGUCUUUCGAGAAUACUUCAUCGGGGAACGAGCCCAAUGUAAAAUUCGACGUGAGAACACAUGCUGUACCGUUGUUAAUAAAACGUCAGUAAAAGUACUGAGAGUUAUAA